AUGCUUGUUCCAAAAAUUGUCUUUUUAUUUUCUCUUUUCUUAAUUGAGAGCGCAUUGGCCAACGAUUUCUUUUUCCAUACAGAGGAUCACUGUGGUGGGAGUUCGCAGGGAUGCACUAAUAUCGCUGCAGGCAAGUCUUUUUUUCAUUUCAGUAUCUACUUACUACACAGGUACCUAGGCCAAUGCUGCGAAGCCGCCCAUCCAUUCACCCACAGCCUUCGCGCAAAAACGGCACAUGGCGAUGACCGGGUGUACGGCUUCAACGAGCGCCGCUGUACGGACCGCCCAGCAGUUUCUGAGCGCUGUCGGGACGGCGACUGUUGCUACGGGAUGCCUGGGACAUCAGGCGUGGCAGCCCGUUGGUAUCAAGGCGGUGCUGUUGCUAAUGCUGAUGCUGAUGCUGCGGUCCAAAGUCGGAAUAUUAAUAAUAACAACAAUAAUAAUGGUGACGACCCUGCGCCAGCGUGCCGCGAGCCCGAUUAUCUCAUGUUCUUCGACAGCGAUGGGAACCGGCGUGAGAUUAGGAUCCCCGAGGGCAAGUACCGGGAGGUGACGGAGCAUUACAGGAAAGGGGAGUGGGAGAACCUGAGUGCUUAUCCUGCAUGGGGUGAAUCAUGA